UAAUUGCUUCGAUAGAAACAUGGCGAAUGUUGCUUUUAGACAGUAGUUGUGGUUUAAUUUCUUUAAUUCAAAUUUGAUAUUAAUUUUCGUGAUAACAGCUGUUUAACUAGUGUAAUUACAAAAGAUGAGGCGACAGUGACACGGCAGGUGGUGUGAAAACCAUCGAGUAUGGGAAAGCAGAACAGUAAACUAAAACCGGAGGUUUUGGAAGACCUUAAGCAGAACACAGAGUUCUCGGAUGCCGAGAUCCAAGAAUGGUACAAGGGCUUCCUGAAGGAUUGUCCGAGCGGGCACCUUUCGGUGGACGAGUUUAAAAAAAUUUACGGCAACUUUUUCCCGUACGGUGACGCGAGUAAGUUUGCGGAACACGUGUUCCGCACAUUCGACGCCAACGGCGACGGUACCAUCGAUUUCCGAGAGUUCCUUUGCGCGCUUUCGGUCACUUCACGCGGCAAGCUCGAGCAGAAGCUCAAAUGGGCAUUUUCCAUGUACGACCUCGACGGCAACGGCUACAUAUCGAGGCAGGAGAUGCUCGAGAUCGUCACGAUUUAUGACAGACUGGAGUUUCUAGCCCCUGCCCGCUAG